UCAUAUAUUUUGUUAUUGUGUGUGCUUAAAUAAUUCACAAAAAAUACCUACAAUUAAAUAAAGAACAAAAACCUUUUGCGAUUUAUUUUUAAAAUACUCUAUAGCGAUGAGCAAUACUCCAAUAAAAAAGAAUAUAAUUAGUGCAGGGCAAAAAUAUGUGCCCAUCUCCAAUGGAAGCAAGGUACAUUUUCAUUUUCAAACAUGGAAACUAGGAAAUGAAAGAAUUUUGUUAGAUGACAGCAGAGAAAUUGGCAAAAGAGAACCAAUGGUACUUAUAAUAGGGCACAAGUUCAAACUAGAAGUUUGGGAGAGUAUUGUUAAAAUGAUGGCUGUCGGAGAAAUAGCCAGUUUUCAUGUGAAGAAAGAGCUGGUAUACAGUUAUCCUUUUGUAUCAAAAACACUCCGCGAGUUGGGAAGCGAGCAUAGAAACAGACAUACGUGUACAAUGACAUUACAAACAGAAGGCAUCGGAUUUAGCGACUUGGACAACUUGAUCAACAAGCCAUGUGAUCUGGAAUUCAUUAUAGAACUAUUAAAAAUAGAGAGUUCUAAUGAAUAUGAGAAAGAGUUAUGGCAAUAUUCCGGACAAGAGAGGCUGAACCUAGUGCCCAAGCUGAAAGAAAGAGGCAACAUUUUGUAUGGGCAAAAGCUAUAUGAUGAAGCUGAGGAUGUAUAUUGCCAGGCCAUUGGUAUUUGCGAGCAGUUUAUGAAUAGGGAACGAAAAUGUGACGAGGAAUGGAUUACUUUGAACAAGAUGAAACUUCCAGUUCUUCUCAACUAUGCUCAAUGCAAACUAGUCAAAGGAGAUUAUUAUGCUGUUAUAGAACAUUGCAAUACUAUUUUGGAGUAUGAACAAGAUAACGAAAAAGCUUUAUACAGGAGGGCGAAAGCUCAUGUUGGAGCAUGGAAUCCGGACUCAGCUAAAGAUGACUUUCAACGAUUAAAAUUCAUUAAUCCUUCUUUAAGUUCUAUAGUUGACAAAGAAUUAGAGAAUCUUAGAAAUAUGAGGAAACAAAAAGAAGAGCAAGACAAGAAAGCCCUAGAAAAGCUGUUUAUUAAAGAAAGAGAGACACAACAGUAACUUAUAUCAUUAAUGAUAAUUUUUGACUGGACACACCUCAUCAUGUCAUGGCCUUUAUGUGCUACUGCCGCUAAAUUCAGUUGUACAUAAAUGUUCAAACAAGUUUAGCUAGUCUAAUAAUACAGCUGUAUUUUCCACAGAUAAUUAGGGGAAGGAUAGGUGAUACUUUUAGUCUUGGGUUCUAAGUUUCAACUUUGACAAAUUAACCCCAAGAGUUAUCAUUCAUUAUUAAUAUGGGGUUGAUGAUGUGAACAACCUCCACUGGAAUAGCUUUUCUUCAAAGCUCUUUCCAGAAGCCUAAUAAUUAGCAAAGGAUUUAUUGUAAUAUAAUUUUUGACCAAUUUGAUAAUUUGAUAAUUUAUCCCCAAUUAGUUUAAGCCACGUCCUCACCGCUGCACCAGGGGUUCUUGAUAAAUUUUGCCCCACUUUUUGCUUCCUCAGUAUUCAGAUAAGGAGUUGUUUAUUUGUUAUUUCAUGGUUCAGAUUAGGUCCAUUGCGAUGACCCAUCGUGUAUCGGAGUGUAAAAUUAAAGAAUUGCGCCUACGUCGAUUUCACGUUUGUUAACUUGACCAAUUACACUGGAUGUAAUACCUCGAAAGUGCCACUUAGAGAAAUUUAUUGGAAGGUCACAAAAAAAAAGUUUAUAUAAAAAGUAAUAUGUGUACCAAUAUUGGAUAGAAACAGGCAUUACUUUGCGGAAUUCCCCUAUAUAAUAUGAUGAACAUUAAGCCCGAUUUGUAUUUCCCCGCGAAAAGCAGAAGAAUCUAUACGGUGCAAUUCAUUAUUUCUUUAAUAAUUAUACUCCACACCAAACAGAUCGUUCGCAGUGUACUCUCACCGCACGUUUCACUCCGACACUGGAGCAUCCUAGGAGAUGUUAACUUUUUUUUUUUAAGUAAAAAAAAAUCGAAUACUAUGGUCUCGUGUGAAAUACCUUUAAUUAAAAAUGUUUUUUAAAUAACUUGUAUUAACUUGGACAUUGCAUAUUGGAUUGGACGUUUCUUUGCGAAUGAUAUAUUAUGAAAAUUAAGCUUAAUUUGCUAAACUCCGCGUAUGGUUAAAUUUAUACAAUGUGUCCAGCCUUUGUCGAAAUCCUGCCUAAAUUUUGAUGGUAUUUUGACUUAAAAAAUCGUUUUAAAGUGUUUAAAAUAUAGCUAGUUCAUGUCCGGACACAAUGUAUAAACUCCUUCUUUUUUUUUAACAAUAAUUCACACGAAGUCAACAUCUCCUGAGGAUGCUCCGGUGUCGGUGCGAAACGGCUUAAUGAGUUCAUAACCGAAGAUCUGUUUGGUGUGGAGUAUAAGGGUUAAAUAGUUUAUAAAUUACACCAUGCAGUCUCCUGCGUUCGUGAUGUAUAGCAAAUUAAGCUUUAUUUCCAUAACAUAAUUACUAUUUUGAAGCUUAGCUGUGAGUGUUCAAAAUUAUUAUAAAGGUCGAAGUACCCCCUUAAAAAUAAAGCAAAUUAAUCAUUACUUUCAAAAAGCUUCAAACAUAAAGUUAAUGUUAAUUAUGUGAUAACAGACCUACAGGUUUUUUAGGAAUCCUUAAAAUAUAUUUUUAUUUUCUUUAAUCGCUACAUAGUAACUUUUAAAGGUAAAGGUUACUAUUUUGAGGGUAAAAUAUUAGUUUAUACAUUUCCUUAGUAGAUUUAAACAUGUACA